UCAUCAAACCCACUCGGGUUUCCUCUACGAGUUAUCCCGAAACGUACUCGGGCCAGAGUCAUUAUGAACCGGUCUCGUUCGUUUUCUGUUAAAACUGGAUGUAUGCGCGGUUGUAAAUGUUUUCUCAUACAUCAGCGUGCUGUUUCGGACGGUAACCGAAGAAGGAGGAAGUGAUCGUUGGCAUCUUUAUCACGUAUUUUACCUUUAACUAAUACAUUUGCGGAAAUGUAUUUUAAACUUUAACUUUUAGUAUUCGUGGUGUUGCAUCUCCCACCACCGUUUCUUUGUUUGACGUAAAACCGAUUUAGCUAAAACUUCACGUAAUGUUAAGUGUUUUUUAGAAUGAUGUACAUAUAAUAAAAUAGCCAUACCGGUACCGUGUUAUAUUGUAUCACAUUGUGUGACAUCAAGUUGCUUUAGUUAAUAAGUUGUCGCAGCUCCAUGAGCUGUGUCUGCGCAGCUCUGCAGUAAGUAGUCGGUUGUCAUGGAGGCCCGCUCUGCGCAUCCGACCGGUGUUGCUGUCACGACUGCGCACAUGAUAGCACCUCAACCCAGCAGGAAACCUUGGAAGUCCGGCACUCCCUGGACCAUAACGGACGGAGCAGAGUGUGUGUUGACACUGCCAGACAGCAGCUUAACAACAUCACACUUCAAACUAAAAGAAGGAAGAUGGCAACCAUGGUGACCCCCGAGCCACUCACAGCCCUCUCCCGAUGGUACCUGUAUGCCAUCCAUGGCUACUUCUGUGAAGUCAUGUUCACGGCUGCCUGGGAGUUCGUGGUCAACUGCAACUGGAAGUUCCCAGGCGUAACAAGCGUAUGGGCGCUCUUCAUCUACGGCACGUGCAUCUUGAUUGUAGAGCGCAUGUACCUUUGCCUGCGGGAUCGCUGCAACGUGCUGCUCCGCUGCAUUAUUUACACAUUAUGGACUUACCUGUGGGAGUUCGGCACAGGGUUCCUGCUACGGCAGUUUAAUGCUUGUCCCUGGGACUACUCUGAGUUUAAAUAUAAUUUCAUGGGCCUAAUAACAGCAGAGUACGCUGUGCCCUGGUUCUGCGCUUCCCUUAUCGUCGAGCGCCUAGUGAUACGCAACACGCUGCGGUUGCGCUUUGACGAAGUCGUCGAACACGGCCAGGACGAAGAGCAGUCGGAUAGAAGUGGAGGAGGACGAAGAGGAGCCACCAGCUCCAAUGGGUACGUAAAGGUGGACUGAUGUCAGCCCCUUUCAACGUCAGAAAGAAGAGUUGACUUUGACCUUUUCUCAUCACCUACAACUUUAUCCACACUUAUCUCUCUGACUCUUGCUUUGGGGGAAAGAGUCCCUUGGACAUGGUAUAGGCAUUUUUCCAUGUAGAGACAAUUGAACAAGGAAAAUAACAGGACUGCGGGGAACCAUCAGGUUUGAUUCAGCUUUUGUCCAGCUGUGUUUUAUUGCUCUGUAAAGAUAUAGUUUACCCAAAAAUGAAAAUUCUGUCAUUAUUCGAGUUGUUCCAGACCUGUAUAAAUGUCUAUGUUCUGCUGAACACAAAUGAAAAUGUUUUAAAGAAUGUUCUGGGGCACCAUUGACUUCCAUGGUAUUAUCCCCUCUCCAUAGAAGUGAAUAGUGCCCCAAAUGUAUUUUGUUAUUAACAUUUUUCAAAAUAUCUUCAUUCAUAUUCAAAGAAAUUUAAACAAGUCUUAAGCAACUUGAGGGCGAGUAAAUGAUGACCGAAUUUUAUUUCUAUUAUAUAACUGGCAGCUGCAACCGAUGAAAACAACGAGAAAUAACCCUUUACCUAUCCCUGUGCCACAAUGUUCCUACCAAACCAGUUCAUCCACUCCGGAAACCGAGAGGAGACAAAAAUAAAACGACUUGUGUUCCUUUUAGGACAUGUCAUCUCAAUAACACGCAACACGGGAACAAUGACAUCAUUUGUAGAGAGUUUAAAAACAAAUAUAUCAAGUGCUUUUGACAGAUGUAUACAUGAUGCAUACAGUAUGUGGUAGCAAAAGCAAAUAAUUGUUAGGAUAUAAGCUUACCUUUGAAUGUUAGUUUGUGGUAUUUAUUAUUAUCUAUAUGUAGUUAAGAAAUGUUAUGAUAAUAUAUAAAAUGUUGUAUUGUACAUAUAUACUGUAUACCCUGAAGCAAUGCCUUGUACUUGAAUUUAGUGUUUUUAUAUGCAUCAAAAAAUUGAACAUGCAUGAAAGUUGCCUUCUGAGCAUUUUCAUACUGACAUUGAUCUUAGAUGUUCUGUAAAAUUCCUUUAUUUUUUAUUUUCACAAUAGUAAUUAGCACAUACAUGUACUAUAGGAGUACUGUAUUGUUUUAACAUGCGUACAGUAUGUAGAGUGCUGGUGCUCAGUGCUGUACAUAAAAUCAUUACCGUAUCCUCUGUGAUUACACUGGAAUAGAUGUGUAAAUGAAGCGAACCGGUGCUAGAUUCUCAGUAAGUCAUUUUAAGAGUUAAUGCUAAUAAUAAAGGCAUAUAUGUAGGUUUAUUGACCUCAGGAACGUCUAUGUUAAUUGUUUCACCUUCAUGACAGUCUCUCAUACUGUACGUCAUGCAGUUAUAGAUUAAGAAUUAGAUAAACAUUGUGUGUGGCCCAUUGUCAAAAUGGCCUUGGUAUUACCUGUGUUUUACCUGCAUUGUAACACAUGAUUUACACAUUGUUUGCAGAAAGCUUCGUUGCUCUGUAUUAGUCAUGUCACCGACCAAGCAAACAUUGCAUUUAAACCAUAAAAAUCACAUAUGUCUUGUCCUUUUCUGAAUAAAGGAAUGAAUGAUUUUA